AUGAGGAGAAGGAAAAGGAGAAGGAAGAAUGCUGCUGUGACAGAGGCCAUGAGACGGGAGGAGGACCCCAAAGAAGAGGCUCACCAGGGGUCCAGCGCCUUAGCUGAUGUGAAGGUGUUACCAGUGAGGGAGGAAGAUGGUCCAACUUUGGAGGAUCUGGGAGAUGGGUUUGUUAAAGUCCCUCUUUGUAUUACCUUACAACUGACCGCAGAUCUGUGUCGAUGUCACAUAAUAGUGCCAAAAUUGGUAUAUUUUUUAAUUGUACAUGUUAGUAAUUACAUUAUCGUUAACUAUCUUCCACUUAGUGAGGAAGACCUGUAUCGAGGAGCUGAAGAGCUGUGGUCCUCUGUAGCUCAGCUGGUAGAGCACGGCGCUUGUAACGCCAGUGUAGUGGGUUCGAUCCCCGGGACCACCCAUACACAAAAAUGUAUGCACGCAUGACUGUAAGUCGCUUUGGAUAAAAGCAUCUGCUUAAAUGGCUUAUUAUUAUUAUUAUUAUUAUUAUUAUUAUUAUUAUUAUUACAAGAGCUCCCCAAGGGGCCAGGUAAACAUGCAGGACCGGAGGCACUGUUUGAAAUCACACUUAAGUCACUUUCAGAUAAUGUAAUUUUUUCCAGAAGUGUCUCCUUAAAGCGGGCAAUCUGCAGUUGUUAGAUCAAUUGUUUUACUUAUAAAUGAAUGAUAUCAACCCAUAGAUUUUUGAAUAAUAUAACGAUCACACCCCAUCAGAAGCCAGGAAAUAUAAACUUGUUUAAAUCCAAUAUUUGUAAACAUUGUAAAUGUAAAUAAACCCACAAAUAAAACAAGUAUAGCCUCAACAUCGUUAAAACGAUAUCAUUGAUGAUCAGUCCUUGCAUCCAUAGCUCUGUCUAUGAAUUUACAUUAAACAAUUUUGGGGUGGGGUAAGGUAAUCCUUCUACCCCCCCAAAAAUAAAAAAAUUAUAUAUGGUUGUCCCACUGGCUAUCAUAAGGUGAAUGCACCAAUUUGUAAGUCGCUCUGGAUAAGAGCGUCUGCUAAAUGACGAAAAUGUAAAUGUACAUUUCUCCAGAUGACCUUGACAAUUUAUUGUUAAAACAAGAGGCCGCCUGGAUCUUUAAUUUAAAGACCCUUGCUCCCUUCGGUCUCAAUGUAGAGUUUGAUCUGAAGCCAUUCUUGUGGUUGUGUUUUAGCUAUCCAUUGUAAAUAAUGUGUGUAGGCCUAUGUAGCCAAAUUGUAUCUAUGAUCGUAUGUUAUCCAUUCAUGCUUUUUUAUAUGUUCUAUUUAAAGCUGUAAAUCAAGCCACAGCCGGCCAUGAUUACAGAUACCGGUGUGUCCCUUCGGAGAGUAUUCACACCCCUAGACUUUUUCCACAUUUUGUUACAUUACAGCCUUAUUCUAAAAUGGAUUAAAUAAAUAAAAAUCCUCAGCAAUCUACACACAAUACCCCAUAAUGACAAAGCAAGACAGGUUUUUAGAAAUUUUUGCAAAUGUAUAAGUAAUUGAGCUCCGGUGCAUCCUGUUUCCAUUGAUCAUCCUUGAGAUGUUUCUACAACUUGUUUGGAGUCUACCUGUGGUAAGUUCAAUUCAUUGGACAUGAUUUGGAAAGGCACACACCUGUCUAUAUAAGGCCCCACAGUUGACAGUGCAUGUCAGAGCAAAAACCAAGCUAUGAGGUCGAAGGAAUUGUCCGUAGAGCUCCGAAACAGGAUUGUGUCAAGGCACAGAUCUGGGGAAGGGUAACAAAACAUUUCUGCAGCAUUGAAGGUCCCCAAGAACACAGUGGCCUCCCAUCAUUCUUAAAUGGAAGACGUUUGGAACCACCAAGACUCUUCCUAGAGCUGGCCGCCCGGCCAAACUGAGCAAUCGGGGGAGAAGGGCCUUGGUCAGGGAGGUGACCAAGAACCUGAUGGUCAGAGCUCUAGAAUUCCUCUGUGGAGAUCUCUACAGCACUCCACCAAUCAGACCUUUAGGGUAGAGUGGCCAGACGGAAGCCACUCCUCAAUAAAAGGCACAUGACGGCCCGCUUGGAGUUUGCCAAAAGGCACCUAAAGACUCAGACCAUGAGAAACAAGAUUCUCUGGUCUGAUGAAACCAAGAUUGAACUCUUUGGCCUGAAUGCCAAGCGUCACGUCUGGAGGAAACUUGGCACCAUCCCUACGGUGAAGCAGGGUGGUGGCAGCAUCAUGCUGUGGGGAUUUUUUUCAGUGGCAGGGACUGGGAGAAUAGUCAGGAUUGAGGCAAAUAUGAACAGAGCAAAGUACAGAGAUAUCCUUGAUGAAAACCUGCUCCAGAGCUCUCAGGAACUCAAUUUUAGAAUAAGGCUGUAACCUAACAAAAUGUGGAAAAGGUCAAGGUCUGAAUACUUUCCGAAUGCGCUGUAAUCUAGUGACCCGCAGUGUUUGUCAUUAUACCCUGAUGAAGACUGCUUGGCUGUCUAAACGUUGGUUAUACAAUUAUUACAUCUGAGCUCCUAGAGUGUGUGGCUCUCCUUUUUCUUUUUCAUACAUGUCUGCAGGCCCAUCCCUCCGUUUUUUACCAAAAAAGAGGCAGUGUGCCAUCUUAUUGUUUCAACUGCAGAUUGGCCUUUUAAAUGGUAUACCACAAAAUAUUUUGAUACAAUACUAGUUUGCACCUUCUCACUUUCUUCUCCAUAUCUCAGUCCAAAGGUUGAGGACAGAUGCAGUCUGGAGCCGACGAUGGAUAUUCUGUCCUACAGUGGGAGAGAGUGGAAGGGAAACACUACCAAAAGUACCCUUAUUAGAAAGGUCAGUUGAUUAGCCAGUUAUGAUCUUAUAUUUUAAAAUAAAUAUUUAGGACAAACUUAUACAUCAUUCAUGAUUCACCUAGAUCCCUCUUCCUGUGUGGUCUGGUCCCAGGGUUACACUGAGCUGUCUCAGAGGUUUGGGAGGCUGAGACGGGUGAGAGGAGAUAACUAUUGUGCCCUCCGAGCCACUCUGUUCCAGGUGCUCUCCACCAGCACCCAACUGCCUGUCUGGCUGCAGGUCAAACACAUCUCCAUGGUACACCAUGCUUGCGUAACUAAACCUGACACUUAUAUAAGCCAUUAGCCCUUGUACUGUCUGUAUAUUCAGUGGAAGUCCAAGUAUACAGUCGAGUGGACAUUAGCUGAUGGUCAGUGUGGCAUGCCUUAUUGUAUUAAAGCUUGGUCUUAUUCAUUAGUGCACACCGUAGCAAAACAUUUUGCAACCGAAAACUAAAAUGAGCAAAAAAAUGUGUGGACAAGUUUAGGUUUUUCUCUCCCUCUUUCAGUCAGUUUUCUUCUGUUUGUUGCAUAAUGAAUAUGACCCUGUUUCUUCUCCAGUGGCCAGAGGAGCUGGAGGCACGGGAGGGGCUGAUUGGCCACUGGAUGUUCCCCUCGGAGUGCAGACAGGGGGACAGGAGUGAAGACGCCGUCCAACAGCUCAAACGCUACAUGGAACUCCUCCAGAACAGGGUACCGCCCAUGUCUUCCUUCCCCAGCCAUAUGUACUCUACGCUCUAGUUUAAACACUCAAACACCAAUGUCUUUUCUCAGAUUGUCAAUGGAGAUGUUGCUGAUUCCCAAUCCUUAUGGCAGUAAUUAUGGCCAUAUAGAAGAGGGUUUUAAUGGCAGUUUCAGGAUAGUUUGUGGUAUACUGUAACAACUGUACCUUCCCUUGUGGAUUGCUGUGUCUUAUUGAACCAGUCUGAUUUGAAACAGGAGACAGGAUAGAUGGACCCUCAGUCUUCAGGAAAAAGUUUAAUACAUCUGUGUGACGUAGACUUGAGACCUCUGCCAAAAGUUACAGGCUGGCAUCUAACAGCCUCUUCCAGCUCUCGAGGAAUUUUGUUCAUUACACUCUACAUUUCAAAGACUUCUUCUGUCGUUAAAUGUUUGGUAGCUGUAGCCUUGGAUCGCCAACUAAGGGGAAAAUGGUGCACACUGUCACCUUUUGUAUUGUGGUGAAAACUGACAGACACUGAAGUAAUUUACAUUUACAUUUUAGUCAUUUAGCAGACGCUCUUAUCCAGAGCGAUUUAGUUAGUGAGUGCAUACAUUUUUCAUACUGGCCCCCCGUGGGAAUCGAACCCACAACCCUGGCAUUGUAAGCGCCAUGCUCUACCAACUGAGCUAUAGGAGGGACAUGCAGUCAUGAAUUGCAGUUGCGAAAAGAGCAAACGUUGAAUAUCCAAUAUGUUUUACACUCCUACUAAUGAUGACAGUAAGUGCGUGUGUUUGAAUUUCUGUCAAGAAAAUAGCAAUAAUUCAAUAUACGUGCUGUGUAUUAUUUCCACCCAUGGUAAUGUGUGGUAUGUGGCAUGUCUGUGUGUGUUUUGCCCAGUGGCAGGCGGCGGUGGGCUGCUCCAGCGCGGAGCAGAGACAGCGGCUGUGUGAGCUUGUGUUCCAGGGAGGGGAGGAAGAGCUGGGCCUGCUGGAGGCCCUGAAGCUCCUCAUGCUGGGCCGGGCCUCGGAGCUCCAUACCACCAUGCAAGCGGGAGGGGACGUGCCGGUCUUUUGCUGGCUGCUCUAUGCACGCGACUCUUCCGACUGCCCACGCACAUUCCUCUCCAACCACCUGAGUCAAGUGGGUUUCAGCGGGGGUCUAGAGCAGGUGAGAACUGAAGUUGCCCCUAGAUGCUAAUUUUGGGUCAGUUUAGCAUUUUCCCCACUAAUGGUUAAGGUUAGGAUUGGGAGAGGGGAAGAUAAUCCUGGAUCUUUUCCUAGGUGAGCCUUCACCCCAGAGCUGUGAACGUAUGAAUAUAGAAUACACAUUCAUGGUUCCCUGUUCAAAUGAACAUGCGUUCAUAUUUCUGUGUGUGUAUACUGUAUACACACCAAAGCACUCUUUCUAAUAUGGCUUUUAUAGGCAUCAAUUAAAUGUCUCAAUUUCAUUAGUAACACUUUCCUGGCAUGCUCAGAGCCUUUAGUUAAUUAAAUGGUGGUAAACCACAAACACAAGAGGAUACGGUAGGAUGGGUGUGCAGCUUUCCCACAAACCAAAGCCUAACAUGCAUACAGUUACACUGCACCAUCUGUUCUUCUGGCCCUCAACAGCAAGCAGUUCAGUCUAAGCCUCUGGGUCUGUCUGAAUUGUUCAGUGACCUUCUUGGGAAGGUCUUAAGCCAGAGCACAACAUUAAUUUGAGUUUGAAGGUUAUUAGCAUUAAUGACAGUGGUGUAUUACACAGCAGUACUUUUAAGAGGUUUCUACUGAUAAAAGCUCAUUUUCAAAGUCCUCGAACAAUGGAUACUGAUCAACGCAAACACUCACAUUUAACUCUUAAUACCCAGUUUUUAAAUACAGUAAAUGGAACAGUGUGUAAUAAUGAUGUUUUAAAGCAUCAACUCCCUAUCUCAUUGGUUCCUUCAGGUGGAGAUGUUUCUGCUGGGAUAUGCCUUGCAGUGCACCAUCCAGGUCUACAGGCUGUACAUGGCAGACACAGAGGAGUUUAUCACCUAUUAUCCUGAUGACCAUAAGGAAGACUGGCCCUGUGUGUGUCUGGUCACAGAGGAUGACCGCCACUACAACGUCCCAGUGGGCCAGCCCAAUGGACUCCAGGUCACAGAAGACCACACUGCUAUCCCAGAGGACCUCCCUGCAGACUGUUUGGACUCCAAGUCCCAGAAGACCUCACUGCAGGCUGAUUGCCACUGA